AUGGUUAUGCGAGCUAUGGGCAUAACCAUGAACCUCUCACACGUCAUCGCGUCAUCACAGAGUUCGAAUCCAUACACGAACGUUUCGUGUCCUAUCAAUACUUCCUACACGUCGUCCCGACAACCUAUAUCGCCCCUCCAAACGCACCAAUACACCGUAACGCACUACUCCCGCAUAGGCAUAUUCAAAUUCGAUCUGGACCCACUUGUCGUCCGGAGCUAA